AUGGCAACCAACGCGAGAGUGCCAGGUGGCAUCGACCCGAACCAGGUCAUGACAUGCUCCAUUUGUGGCAGUAGCUGCAAAGUCCGCUGCAUGAUCACCCAUAUUAAUGACUUCACAUGCCACAACAAGAACUGCCUCCUGCAUACGGGUUCGGUAUUUCUCGACCCGUUCAAAGGGAAGAUCUCUCCGUGGGAUUCGGACCCUAAGGUGAAGCGGAUCGGGCCAUGCUACGUUCGCCCACCCCGCGAUCAGAAUCGGGAUCGUGGCGAGCCCCGUGGUGCUAACUUUGCUCCAGACUCGGAUCGGGCAGAAGAGCGCGAGAAGCGGGACCGGAAGCAGGACCGACGCCGUGAUGCCUCGGUCCCGCGCGGCCGGGAUCAUCGUGGUGAUCAUCGUGGUGAGGACCGCCCUCCCCGUGCCGAUCGUUCGAGAGCAUCAACACCGCCUCGUCGCCGCAGUCCCUCUGCCAGGGGCCAUGAGCGCAGGGGAACAUCAUCGCCCCUUGCUGACCGUGGCCGCGACCGAGACCGCGCUCGUCGGGUACCUCCUUUCCGCGAGGGUGGUACGUUCCAAAGAGACCCCUUCGAUGACGAUUUCUUCAAGCGCAGCCGCGACCGCAUGGAUAGGUCCUUCUACGGCGAUGAUCCGUUCGCUGAUGACUUCUUCCAGCAUCACCACCCCAACGGUCCCCGUCCCAUGCGGGAUCGUUAUCGUCCUGAUCCGGACUCGUUCGGGGCCGCCGACUACAUGGACCGCUUGGCGGACAGGUUUGAAAGGGGCUUCGGCAUCCGGGACGACCAGUUCGGCGCCGGCCAGUCUCCGUUUGGCCGCACAGCAAUGCCAGGGGGUGGUGACCGGAGAGAGCGCGGGCCGUAUCCAGGCGGACCUACGCGGACAAGCCGGCCUGACCCGUACCACCGUCCCCAGGAGCACCAGGGCCGGAAUCGUGGUCAAACCGGCGGCCAGCGCACACGGCGGACCCGGGAGGAGCCAUUCCGGUACGAGUGGCCCGAGUCCAAUGCAUAA